AUGUCUGCAGAACCUGAUCACGCUAAGCACAAGGUCAACUUGACCGACCCAUCUGGUGCAGAAAAACAUGAGGAGCUUGACACAUCCACAGCCAUUCUAAAAAAGAAGAAAAAGCCAAACGCUUUACUUGUUACUGAUGCUGUUAACGAUGACAACUCCAUCAUUGCGCUUUCCAACAACACCAUGGAAACACUCCAGCUGUUCCGUGGUGACACCGUCCUGGUCAAGGGAAAAAUGCGAAGAGAUACUGUUCUGAUUGUCUUGGCUGAUGAUGACCUGGAUGAUGGGAGCGCUCGUGUAAACCGUGUCGUUAGGCAUAACUUGCGGGUUAAACAUGGCGACGUCAUCACCGUCCACCCAUGCCCGGAUAUCAAAUACGGCCAAGCGAAUCGCUGUCUUGCCCAUUGCGGAUACCGUGGAGGGUCUAACCCGGCUCUCUCUUUGACGUUUUCCUUGCCCCAUAUUUCCGCGAAGCCUACCGACCCUGGUCGACAAGGGUCGUCGAAGUGGAUCCCCCAGAAUACGGCAUCGUGGCUCAAGAUACAGUUUAUCCACUGCGAAGGUGAACCCAUCCAGCGUGAGGACGAGGAGGGUAACCUGAACGAUGUUGGGUAUGACGACAUUGGAGGCUGCAGAAAACAAAUGGCUCAGAUCCGUGAGUUGGUUGAGCUACCUCUUCGCCACCCUCAACUCUUCAAAUCUAUCGGAAUCAAACCACCUCGUGGUAUUUUCAUGUUUGGUCCCCCCGGUACUGGAAAAACCCUGAUGGCUCGUGCUGUUGCCAAUGAAACCGGUGCUUUCUUCUUCCUCAUCAACGGUCCUGAAAUCAUGUCAAAAAUGGCAGGUGAAUCGGAAUCGAACUUGCGAAAAGCAUUCGAAGAAGCAGAGAAGAAUUCUCCCGCCAUUAUCUUCAUUGAUGAAAUUGAUUCCAUUGCUCCCAAGCGUGACAAGACUAACGGAGAGGUCGAGCGUCGUGUUGUUUCCCAGCUUCUCACAUUAAUGGAUGGCAUGAAGGCGCGCUCAAAUGUCGUGGUCAUGGCGGCCACCAACCGCCCCAAUUCCGUGGAUCCUGCUCUACGUCGUUUCGGUCGUUUCGAUCGUGAGGUGGAUAUUGGUAUCCCGGAUCCAACUGGCCGUCUUGAGAUCCUCCAGAUUCAUACCAAGAAUAUGAAGCUCGCUGAAGACGUCGAUUUGGAGUCUAUUGCGGCGGAAACCCAUGGCUAUGUCGGAUCAGAUAUUGCAUCUCUUUGCUCCGAAGCUGCUAUGCAACAAAUUCGUGAGAAGAUGGAUCUCAUUGACCUGGAUGAAGAUACCAUUGAUGCAGAGGUUUUGGACUCACUAGGAGUGACCAUGGAAAACUUCCGCUUCGCGCUUGGUGUCUCCAACCCCUCCGCUCUUCGCGAAGUUGCCGUCGUCGAGGUCCCCAAUGUCCGCUGGGAAGAUAUCGGAGGUCUGCACGAGGUCAAGCGCGAACUCAUCGAGAGUGUCCAAUACCCUGUCGAUCACCCAGAAAAGUUCCUCAAGUUUGGUCUUUCUCCCUCCAAAGGUGUUUUGUUCUAUGGCCCUCCUGGAACUGGUAAGACACUUCUUGCGAAGGCUGUUGCCAACGAGUGUGCAGCCAAUUUCAUCUCUGUCAAGGGCCCUGAACUAUUGAGUAUGUGGUUCGGCGAGUCUGAAAGCAACAUCCGUGACAUUUUCGACAAAGCGCGUGCUGCUGCCCCCUGCGUUGUCUUCUUGGAUGAGUUGGACUCUAUCGCCAAGUCUCGAGGUGGAUCCGUUGGUGAUGCUGGUGGUGCUUCCGACCGCGUUGUCAACCAGCUUUUGACAGAAAUGGACGGCAUGACUUCGAAGAAGAACGUCUUCGUCAUCGGCGCUACUAAUCGUCCCGAGCAGCUCGACAACGCUCUUUGCCGCCCUGGUCGUCUCGACACCUUAGUCUACGUUCCCCUCCCCAACGAGGAAGAACGUGUUGAUAUCCUGAAGGCUCAACUCCGCAAGACCCCCGUCGCCGCCGACGUCGAUCUGAAAUUCAUCGCUAGCAAAACUCACGGCUUCUCCGGUGCCGAUCUUGGCUUCGUUACCCAGCGCGCCGUCAAACUGGCCAUCAAACAGUCCAUCGCGCUCGACAUCGAGCGAACCAAGGAGCGCGAAGCUGCCGGGGAAGAUGUGAAGAUGGAUGAAGACCUUGAUGCCGAGGACCCCGUACCGGAGCUUACCCGCGCGCACUUCGAGGAGGCGAUGCAGAUGGCGCGACGCUCUGUGAGCGACGUGGAGAUUCGACGAUAUGAGGCGUUUGCGCAAAGUAUGAAGAAUUCUGGUGGGAGCUCUUUCUUCCGUUUCCCGUCUGCCGGGGAAUCGGGUGCUACUGAUGGCCAAACCGGGUUUGGCGAUGCCGGCAAUGACGACAGUCUAUAUGACUAA